GCCGCAGCAGCAGUCACAUGACCUGGGAUCUUCUGCUCGACACUUCCUGUACCUCGGUUGUUUUUCCUGCUCGAAAAAAUAACGGAGCCGCUCUCCCAACCGGCGACAAAAACGUAUAGCCUCCAUCCAAAACCCCUGCACAGCCAAAGACUGGAGAGGAAUACAAUCGUCAACCUGGCUGUGUUUAUUUUUUAUUACUGCGAGAGAGAGGCUCAUCGGAGGGGCGGGAAGCUAGUUGACUAGAUAAACAGACUUCACCGCCCGCCCUUUACAUUUAGAAAAUACAACAAACGCAGCACUUUGGUCUCCCCGACGAGCGCCGACAGCUGCUUUUAUUCUCACCCUGACAACCGGUUUACGUUAGCAGAAAGUGGUGGCUACAUGACGUUAGCCAUUUCCCCCUGAACGACCAGCCAUCGAUAUGUCAAAAUACACAAGCUUUCCAGAGCCGAUGGAAGACCACAACCCUUUCCAGGAUCCUGCAGUGACUCAACACAGCAGCAACACAGGAUAUGCCACACUGGACCUGUAUAACCCAUUUGAUAAUAAUACUACAACAACCGGGCCUCCACCACCGUAUGAAGCCACCUCUCCCUCUGUACCUGCACAGACCCCACCCAGCAGGACAACACCCACAGAGCCCCGCAACUAUGGCUCCUACACCUCCCAGACUGCAGUGAAUGCAACCACGGCGGAGCUCCUGAGGAAGCAGGAGGAGCUGGAGAAGAAGGCCCGGGAGCUGGAGAGAAGAGAGAGGGAGCUGGAGUCACACAGCCUGGGGCCCGGAGCCUCCCGUCAGAAUAACUGGCCCCCGCUGCCAGCGUUCUGCCCUGUGGGCCCAUGUUUCUACCAGGACAUCAAUGUAGAGAUCACGCAGCGCUUCCAGCGCAUCGUCAGCCUCAUGUACUACUUCUGGAUGUUCUGCACCUGCACACUGCUCCUCAACCUGAUCUCCUCCCUGGCCAGGUUCUGCGUGGACCCCUCAGGCGGUGUCGGCCUGGGCCUCGCCAUCCUCUGGGCCCUCCUCUUCACCCCCUGCUCCUUUGUCUGUUGGUACAGACCUGUGUACAAAGCCUUCAGGAGUGACAGCUCCUUCAAUUUCUUUGUCUUCUUCUUCGUUUUCUUUGCCCAAGUGGUGACCUACGUCAUCAUGACCAUCGGGAUCCCUGGAUGGGGUUUCAGUGGAUGGAUUGUGAGUCUGGCUGCUCUGAAGACCAGCGUUCCCGUCGGUGCCAUCAUGAUGAUGAACGCUGUCCUGUUUACAGCCCAAGCCGCCAUCGGUGUUUUCAUGCUAAAGAAGGUCCACAGUCUGUAUAGGCAGACCGACGCCAGUUUCCAGAAGGCCCAGGCUGAGUUUGCCACCGGAGUCAUGUCCAAUCAGGCUGUGCGCCAGGCCGCCACCACCGCCGCCACCAGCGCCGCCACCAGUGCUGCACAGGGGGCCUUCACCGCACCUCGAUAGAAAAGACGGAGAGGGGUUGGUAGGGUAUGAAGAAGAGGAGGAGGAGGAAGAGGAAGAGGAGGGCCCUCUCAGCUUGAUAGAGGAUGACCUUGGUAUCCAUUUACCCAACAGCUGAUUAGAGUUUGAUGGUGGGGGAACCUUAAUUACCCCUGGAGCAGAAAAACUUCAGGGCACGUGCAUGAGACAGAGGUGGGGUUGUCUAAUUUCUAAAAGUGUACAGGACAAGUAUUGCCAGACCAUGAGGUAACUAAAAUCAGGAGUUAAAACAAGUUAGAUUAAAGAAAAAAAAAACAUCAACAGAAAACUGGAAGGUGAAAACAAAAGGAUGCUGAAGCGGUGUUAAGUGUUGCGCAGUUUGUGUCAGUGAAUGCAGGGAAAAUGCUUCUUUUUUUGUAUGAAAAACAGCUGUGUGCCAAGUGGGGGGGGGGGGAGCCUGGUUAGAUGUUCCUCGUAAAAAAAAACUAAAAAAAAAACUCCACUGUACAUUUGUUUUUGUUUUUGAGGAUUCUUGUUUGAGACAAAGUAUAAAGCUGAGCACUGAAAUGUUGCCAUUCUAAUAUUUGAUCCGUAGCUGAGCAGCUUCACUUGUUUUCAUUGUUGCUUUAAUGUAAAAACUAACAAGUUGUUCUGUUAUUAUUAUUAUUAUUUGCAAUGAGAAUGCCAAUUUACAUUGUUGCCAAAACCGCUCAUACUGUAAAGAUUCUGAACAUUUGUUGUUUGGUUUACAAUCUCUCACUGUUCUAUUGGUGUUUGUUGUGGUUCUUAUGAUUAUUACAUGUCACUGUCUUGGUUUUAAUAAAAUAUAUUGUCAUGCGUA